AUGAGCGGCCAGCCGUACGUCACCAUUCGCGGCCGCGAAGAUGGAGUUGGUAUAAGAAACGGCGCUCCCGUACCACAGUCGGCGGCGCGGGCGUUUCCCAAUCGUGGCCGGGCAUCUCAGCGCUAUAAAAAUGUCCAGGCCCUGCUUGUGCACUGGGGCUCCGACGACCUGUUUGUUCUUCCUGAGCUCGAGGAUCUGGAAAAGUGCAUGCGAGAAGAUUAUGCGUUUGGCACCGACAUCUUUUCUAUCCCGUCCGAAAACUCGCAUCUGGAGCUCAUGAUGAGAAUUGGCCAGCUCAUCAAGGACCACGAAUCGCCCGAUACCCUUUUCAUUAUGUACUACGGUGGCCAUGCCCGAAUUGAUGAAUCAAGGCAAAGCACGUGGUGUGCUACGCGAGAUCCCGACUCGCCUUGGUUGCAAUGGUCCGCAAUUCAGACACUCUUGGAACGAUCAAAAUCCGACGUUCUCAUCCUCCUAGACUGCUGCGCCGGAGCUGCCAGCGCGACCUUCCCUACCGGCAACAGCAUCACGGAGACGAUAUCAGCGUCCAGUUGGGACGCCAUCGCCCCCGAUCCCGGAAGGUACUCAUUCACAAACGCCCUCAUCGAAGUCUUGCAGGAAUGGCGGCAUCGAGUCUUUUCCGCUGCUAUGCUUCAUGCCGAGGUGCUCGCACGCUUGAAGCAUCCAAGGCCCAUCACCAUCAACGGCAAGCACUUCGAGGCCCGCUCGACGCCUGUUCACUUUAUGAUGACGGCCAAUCAUAAAGCACCAAGCAUCGAGCUGUCCAGGACGAUGCCGGAGGAGAAGAGAUCUCACUCGGUUCCUACCAUCCCCCACCAGGAUAUAGAGCCCAUGGGAGGCCCUGUCGGCGGCCAGACGCCACCUAUGAUCACUGCUGGUGGACGGGCAGCAAAUCCUGCAGAUGCUCUUGUCGGAAACGUCGUUCCGAACGAACCCACCGAGGACACCCCUCAUGUGAUGAUAUCGCUGGCAUUGGAAGAUGAUCAAAGGCUAGAUAUCAAUGCAUGGGAACAAUGGCUAAAUGCCUUCCCCGCCAUGGCCCGGUACGUCAAGAUUCAAGGUGUUUUCAAGAGCCACUCUACCUUGGUCUUGGUCUCGAUGCCUGUCAUGAUCUGGGAUCUACUACCAGAGGAUCCAGCUACUUCCUUCGUCGCCUUUAUCCGUUCAAACAACAUAGCAGCCCAGAAACCACAACCGUCGCCAAUUACUACUUCCGUACCGGCAUCUCGGUUUCAAUCGGAGACGGUAGGCCCGGAUUCGGCCUCUUUCAUGUCUGGUGUCUCAGGCACCACCUUUGCGCCAACCGAGGCCAGUCGCUUUGGCAGCCAGUUUAGAAGCUCCUUCAGCUUCAAUUCCGCCCGAGAUGUGAGAUCAGCUCGGAACGCAGCUCCGGCUAGCCAGCCUGGAACGCCACAGCCAGGACCAGCUCCCUCUUCAUCUCCGUCGAACAGACAACUGCCAUUCUCCAGGUCCAUGAGCUCCGCAACAUCUCUUCCCGCUACAUAUGCAAACCCAUCUUCUCUCAGCACCAGCCCUGUAAUAUCCAGGCAAAUGAUUCUUAAUCAACAACAAUCGCAAAGACGCACCACAUUUGGUGGUUCCGAUGUUCCUGAGCCUCAAAGCUUCUCUGCACACGUUGAGAAGCGCCUGGAGGAAUAUUACCAGAGACAACCACUUCCAAACGAUGGCGAGAGUGCUUUCCUCGCCUCCAACCUUGGAAUAGAGCCUUUCCACCUCGGCCUAUGGUUCCACCACCGGCGCGAACGGGAUUUGGUCACAAACCGGCUGGCUACCAUGAAGGUUGGCGGCAUACCAUUCAGCGAGGAAGGGGGUCCACUGUUGAUCUUGCCGGCGGAUCUCAGCCGGCUACUCGAAAUAUCACAGCCCGGACAAACUCUCCUAUUUGAUAUCCGAUCGCCAUCAGAUUACCAAAGAUCGCACAUUCGCGAUGCCGUAAACCUUCGAGUGCCCCAAAACUUCAUCAGAGACGCUUCACCCGAGAUGAUUGGCCGUACCAUCUCAGAAGAGCAUGGGCAUGAAGCCUUUUCUAAAUGGCAAGAAGCAAGAUGCAUAGUCUUUUACUCUCGUGGACUAGAGAGUGCAUGGGAGUGUCCCUCGGCAACAUCCUUACUUCGCAAGCUCUCUGAGUUCGGAUGGACAGGAAGAAGCUUUGUUCUCAAAGGCCACUAUCGCGAGUUUAGUGCGUCCUUUGGGCAAUACAUUGUGGACAGCAAGAGCCCUGAGGCAGAUAACGCCCAGCAGCAAAGUGGAGAGCUGUCCAACGAAGCUGCUGUCGAUCCGACACAGAACCAUGAGCAAUACUCUCAAUGGCUUGCUCAUGUAGAAGCAGAGGAUCGAUCACGUAUGAAUGCGUCCUCUCCUACACGGACUACUGAGAGGACAGAAUUCGUCGAGAGCCAGGAGCAUGAGUUGGAAGCGGAACUAAUGGCUCGGUGUGGCGACUUGUAUCGGAAAAUCCAAGACGUUCAGGCGGGCAGGGACUCAUCGUGGCACGACAACUUUGACAUAAAAGCACCGAUGGUCGAAUACCUCGACCGUGGUCUGAACAAAAUGCGUGCAUAUCAACCGUCGCCACAGCAAUUGCCGCCUAGUUCUAAGCUAGCUGCUGAGGGUUAUUUUGAUCGACCUCCUCCGGAGUUGGAGGAUGGUGAUGACUACGUGGAGAUUACCAAGGGCAGCGGCUCUACUGGCGUCUCACGGUCUGGAGUUCAGGUCUCCGCAGAAAGGGGAAGUCCCGGCGACGAGCCUCUACGCAGAGGACGUGGAGGUGGUUUAUUAAAUAAGGUGUUUCGGCGGGCAUAAAGCAUGGGGCAUGGGAUGAGUUUAUGAAGAGGUCACGGAUUUUCUUGCAUGAAUGUGCUCGAGCAGCACUUCAAGGUGUUUAUGGGGGUAUGAUGAUACCAUGGAUGUAAGCUUUGGACAAAACCAGCGGCGUUGGGUUGCCUUAAAAUAUACAUGUACUCUUUUUGAAUCUUUGCAAAAUACAGCAUUUCAUUAGCC